AUGUCCGCACUUCGAAAUACCUCGACUCAAUUUUCUGACAAAUUGAAGUCGCAAUAUUUAAGAAAGUCAGUUGGCUUGUCACGUCGUUCAUCAAGUUCUGCCAGUAAUCAUGGCCAUCACACCGCACCUAGGAACGAACCCCUCGGAAAACAAUUAUACAUAACACUUGCUUUGUUCCCUCUCUCGAUUGGUAUAUAUACACUCUCCCGACCUGACGCCAACGGUAAACCGUCAACCAUUACGAGAUACAUUGAUAGCUUUUCCCAUUAUAAUGAAGAAUGGUCAAAAAGGAACCUCUUACACACCAAAGCAAUUGAACAAGCUGCGUACGAUCGGAACUUGUUUCAUGGAAGUAGCCCUCCUAAAAAAGUAAUAAAUCUGAGAUUUCCAGAGAUAUUCAACACUGGUUCACCUUUCAACGUAGUUGCUGGACAGGGACCACAAGAUAUGGAUGUUCUUGUUGCACACUACACCAGUCUUAACGCGGAGGAGGAAAAAAGGAAGAGAAAGGUGAUGGCGAGUAGGGCUAGCGAAACCUGA